AAGCGAGAAUCUUGCGCCACGCAUUUCCAAGCAUCCGCCAGCGGCUCGGAGCAAGAUCACGCGCGAGUACACGCGCCAUCAAGGCCGGCCCACCGUCGAGUACCUACGCGCGCUCAUGCAGCCCCCAGACGGCCGCCCCUGCAAGUUUCGAGACGCGCUGAAGGGCCCCGACGGAGGCCCCACCGGUGACGUCUCCGAGGCAGCAUUGGGCUUCGGCAACCCCUUCAACAAGGCACGGCUACCCGCGCGGGACGGCUUCGGCGAGGAGCACGG